AUGUCCGGAUCUCAAGCGGGCUCGCAGCUCAACAUUGAUCGCUACGUUGUGAUCCACGUCGCCACCACCUGCGACGAGCACGGUGUCUAUGUCACCAAGGAUUCUGCUGAAGUCAUUGAGCUUGGAUGGAUUUUGCUCGAUGCUAAGUCCCUGGAGGAAAUCGUCCGUGACAGUGCCCUCGUCAAACCCAUCAACACCCCUAUCACGCCUCUCUGCACGAGCCUCACAACCUUGACUUGGGAACAUGUUAGGAACGCUGGCACCUUUAGGGAUGCUGUCAACCGUUUUGAUGCGUUUGCCAAUGAGCACUUGACCUCGCAGAAUCUUGACUUUGUCUUUGUCACUCUCGAUGCCUGGGACCUUCGGGUUCAGCUGCCUCGCGAGGCCCGCGACAAGGCUGUCGUCCUGCCUCCUUACCUCCAGCACUCGCGGACCUUUGAUCUCCGCACCGAGUACCAGCGAUGGCAGCAACACCACCCCGAGUCGCUGCCCUUCGGCCCCUCGAUGCUCUCCAACAUCUGCGCUGCUCUCGAAGUGGAGCCUGUUCAGUCGAGCGCCCCCAUCAAGCACAACCUGCCAUUCCACCUCCAGGCUUUGGCGCCUGCUUCUCCCCGUCGUGCCAUGGAGGAGGCUGUCACUCUUGCCCGGGUUCUUCGUGGCCUGAUCCGCAAGUCUCAGCCUGCUCAUGAGCACCCCGAUGUCCUGACACGUCCCAUGGACGCUCGUGCUGAUGUUAGAGCCUUCUUGUCCGAGCGAAGCAAGGUCCUCCACAUGUCAGGCCUCCCCCACGACACCACCCAGUCGGAGCUUGAGAGCUGGUUCACUCAGUUCGGUGGACGUCCCAUCGCCUUCUGGACUCUGCGCACUCCCGAGCAGCACAAACCCACUGGCAGCGGCUUUGCUGUCUUUUCCUCCCACGAAGAGGCUGCUGAGAGCCUCUGCAUGAACGGUCGCGCUCUUAACGAGAAGGCUAUCGAAGUGUCACCCUCCUCGAGUCGUGUUCUGGACCGCGCUGCUGAGAUCCUUACGCCCUUCCCUCCCAGCAAGAACCGGCCCCGUCCCGGUGACUGGACCUGCCCCUCGUGCGGAUUUUCCAACUUUCAGAGGCGCACAGCUUGCUUCCGAUGCUCCUUCCCGGCAGUGAACGCUGGCCCCUCGGGCGAGAUCGGAUACGGCGGCGGCGGCGGCGGUGGUGGCGGCUACAGCGGCUAUGGCCCCCCUCAGAUGAUGCCCCCUCCUCAGCACCACCACGGUCACAUGGGACACGGUGGUGGUCGCAUGGGCGGCAGCGGUGUUGUUCCUUUCCGCGCCGGCGAUUGGAAGUGCGGUAAUGAAGUAUGUGGUUACCACAACUUUGCUAAGAAUGUCUGCUGCCUCCGUUGCGGUGCCAGCCGUGCUGGCGCCGCCGUUGUUGCCGACUCUGGUGGCUACCCGUCUCCCAUGGAUCCCCCUUCCAGUUAUAACAUGAACCAGGGCUCAAUGGGCGGAAACACUGGUCCCGGCCCCUUCGCGUCGGGUGGUGGCAACUUCGGCUCCGGUGGUGGCUAUGGUGGCGGUCAGCAUUUCGGUGGCCCCCCCAGCACCUACGCGCUUCCCUCAGGCCUCGGCGGUGGCGGUGCCGCAGCGUACCCCUCGUCCUUGAACACUCACUUCGGUCCGGCCCCGGGCGCUCACUCGGCCGGCCCUUUUGACAGCCGCGCUGCCGAGGCGGCCUUCCAGUCUGCCUCCAACGGACCCGCGUCUGCUGGUCCGUCGAACAACUUCUACUCGCAGAACGAGAACGACCCUUUCGCCUUCCUUUCUAGCGGUAUCGGAGGCCUCUCUGUGACCGGCGGAGAUGCUCGCCAGAACGGUGGCUCCGCGCCCCAGAACAAGUCCCCUGCCUAAGCAGUUUGUGUAUUCACCAGACGGCUGUAUAUCGAUCGCCUUUUUGCAUCGGACGUUGAAGAACCCACCCCUCGACCGCGGAACGAGCUUUGAGACGAGACGACGAUAGAGCAUUUGCUUUGGCAUCAACGACCCCUCGACCACUGGUCAUCGAGGGAAACCCAUUUGUUUCAUGUUUCAAGUAAGGCGGUCGGCAAGAUGGGGAAGAAUCUUGGGCCACGGUUGUUGUCAGAAUACCAUGAGUAACCGGGUACAAAAGUUUGCGAGGCGGGAAAGACAAAAGAGUGUUACUACAACUGGACGGAUUCGGAACACGUUGGGCGGAGUUGCGUUUGAUGCCGUUGAGCAUCAGAGUCCGUACAAAAGGGCUGGCUACUUUGGGGGACUGGACUGCGGAGUCGGACUUUUGCCCAUUGGGUGGGGUUGCGCGCGAAUGGCUUGUGGCAUGACAGCCCAGGGGGCAGUACGGUGGGAGAGAUGCAUAGCGAAGGAGUGGGAAAGGAACCUCGGCUUCGGUGUGCGGUCUCGCUCUUCUACUUCUUCGAUCGAUGUCUGUCCUUUUUCCUGUCUCUUCUUUUUUUUUAUUUGAUCUGCUUGUCUUUUCUGAUACUCUCACACCCCUCUCCUCCACCUCUUCCAUUCUCAUUUCGUCCUUGUUCUCUUCCCACUACAUUUAGUUCGCUUGGGCAUUUGGCUUUGGCUUUGGCUUUGGCUUGAGCUUUGCCCCCCUUCAAGAUGGUUUCACGGUUGGAUGGGCGGCAGAGUUGGGGGAGUCGGGGAGUGAUCAUGGUCAGGCGGGCUGACUGCUUUAAUUUUCUUUCGCGUCCGAGAAUGCGAAACGUGUUGCUUUCCAUAACUCGUCUGUUCCAAGUUUUACCUCCUGUUGCAUGCCGUUAGCCGGUGGGGUGUAAAAACUGCAUCCUGCAGGCGGCGUCAGGUAUGAAGAAUACUAUUGCUUGAUUUGCCAAGGCGAGGUCCGCGAAGAGUAGCUUCAUGAUGACAUGAUGGCCGUUGUUGGCAUGUUAGAGGUAUUGAUCGCUUGAGGGAAAAUGAGCAUCUGCAAUACUAUCGUUUAUAAUUUG